AUGCCGCCAAAACACAAUCACAGGACUCCGCUACAGUCCAGGCCCAGCAGAUCCAAUGCGCCUGCACCUGUCAACGAUAGCCUUGCUGCUAAGCAGAGAGGCGAAGAUCCCAUCGACAUCUUCAAACUCGCAAAGAACAUGACAAUCAAGAACCCUUCGCAGACCCUUAUGGCCAUCGGAAGAGUCACAAACACGCACAUCGCCUACGAUGGCAAGUUCGAGUUCCGCUUCUGGGGAUCUCCUGACAAUGUUUGA